AUGUCUGGAGUCCAGCCUGUCGCAGUCUACACUCUGCGGAUUCCUCCCGGAGGAACUCUGCUUCCCGCUGUCCCCGAUGCUGCCGCUAUGCUGCGCGUGAGCAUGGCUGCCGUCGACCCCGACGAGGAACCCGACUUUGAUGACGGCUCCAACAAGCGCCCUAGAGCCACUCUUAAGAUCAUCCGUGCUCCCCCCGGUAUGGACCUUGGCGACUCGGACGAUGACUGGGAGGACGACGAUGAGGAGGAUUCCGACGACGAAGAGGUCAAUGGCGGCCCUAGCGACAAGGAGAAGGCCCGCAAACUCAAGGAGCUCGCCGCCCUCAAGGAGGCCAUGGAAGAAUCCGAGGACGAUGAUGAGGAUGACGACGAGGAAGAGUUUGAUCUGAAGGCGGCUAUCUCGAAACUCGUCAAGGGCAAGGCCCCCGCUACCGAUGACGAUGAUGAGGAUGACGAGUCUGAGGAGGGAGUCGAACUUGAGGAGACGGUCGUCUGCACUCUGGACCCCGCGCAGACUUACCAGCAGCCUCUGGACCUUACUAUCUCCGAGGAUGAGCGUGUCUUCUUCAAGGUCACUGGUACCCACACCAUUUACCUGACCGGAAACUUCGUGAUGCCUCUUGACGAAGGUCGUGGUCCUUAUGACUCGGAUGAGGAAAGCGAUGAGGACGACUACGAUCUCUCCCCCGACGAGGCCGAGCUUGACUUGGGUGACCUCAUGGAUGAGGACGAUGAGGACGAUGAGCUCGACGGUCUGGAAAACCCCCGCAUCACCGAGGUGGAGAGCGAGGAGGAGGCUCCUAAGCUCGUUGCCGCUAAGGGCAAGGGCAAGAACAAGCGUGCCGCCGAAACCGAGGAAGAUGCCGGCCUCGACGACCUGAUGGCCAAGUCCGCCAAGAAGGGCGAGGAGGCUCUCAGCAAGAAGCAGCAGAAGAAGCAGAAGAAGAACAACGGUGACGCCGCUCCGGUCGAGGAGAAGAAGGACGCCAAGGAGGGAAAGAAGGUCCAGUUCGCCAAGAACCUGGAGCAGGGUCCUACGCCUUCUGCUCAGGACAAGAAGCCCGCCGAGGCUACCGGCACUCUUGGUGUCAAGGAGAUCAAGGGCGUGAAGAUGGACGACAAGAAGCUCGGAAAGGGUGUCGCCGCUAAGAGCGGCAACACCGUGGCCAUGCGCUACAUUGGAAAGCUUGAGGAUGGCAAGGUCUUCGACGCCAACAAGAAGGGUAAGCCUUUCACCUUCAAGCUUGGUAAGGGUGAGGUGAUCAAGGGUUGGGAUAUCGGUGUUGCCGGCAUGGCUGUCGGUGGCGAGCGUCGCAUCUCGAUUCCUCCCCAGAUGGCCUACGGCAAGAGGGCUCUCCCCGGUAUCCCGGCUAACUCGAAGCUGAUCUUCGACGUUAAGCUGCUGGAGAUCAAAUAG